GUAUCUUUUUUAUUUUUGUAUACUGUUACACUUGUAUCUUUAUUGUGUUUUUGUGGUCAAUGAUUUCAGGUUUAGAAAAUGAAUUUUGAACUGAUCACUUUGAGAUUUUACCAUGGUGGAGAACUUAAUAUGGGUAAGGUGAAGGGAAAAAGGGGAAAAAGAUAUGAGGGUGGACAAGUUACUGAAUCUUUAGAUGUUGAUGUAGAUAGGUUGUCUUUAUUGAAUUUAGGGAUUAUGUAAAGUAUUUAGGGUAUAUUCCCAAACAGUGCUUACUAUAUGUUAGACGGCCUAAGAGUUCUAAUUUAAAAGAAAUUAGGUUAUACAAGGACACAAUUGAGAUUUCAAAAAAAAUGGGUAAUUGACAAGUUUUGGAAGCUUUUGUGUGUCACAUGGUUGCUAAACCUGAGUUGGCCCCACUUUUAAAAUUUGCAAAUAAUGGGGAAGGACAUGUGGAGAGAAAAAGUGGUGUGUCUUUUAAUAAAGACGCUGAAAAUGACAUUGGGAAUGUUGACAGAGCAUCUAAAAAUAUUGAAGAUGCCCCUCCUUUUGACUAACCUACUUCUCAUACUUCUUCUCCUUCUCCUGUCCAACCUAUUACUCAUACCUUUCCUUCUUUUGUCCAACCAACUGCUCAUAUCUCUUCUCUUACUACUGACCAACCUAAUGCUCAUGUCUCUUUUCCUCCUACUGACCAACCUACUACUCAUAUCUCUUCUCCUAUAUCUGCUGCUCCUAGUAGUUCUACUGCUGCUCCUGCUAAUUCACAUGUUGCUUCAGAUGUAGAAUCUAUUAAUGGAGGUGUAGAGAUUGGGAGUGAUGUGGAUGAAUAUGUGGUUGAAGAGUUAAGAAAUCUUAGGGAAGAAAAGAGAAAAAGAAAAAGAAGAAAGAGGGAAGAGAGAUCAGUAAUUCCUAAACAUAUUAAGUUAGGAAUCGAAAAAAAGGAACCAGAUAUUGGCUAUGAUGAAUUUGUAGGUGGUGAUAGAAAUAGUUUAGAGGGUAAGUUAGCUGGUGAUGAACCUGUUUACCCAUCUGAUGAAGCUGCCAGCCUUGAAACUGAAUCAGAUGAUGUAACUGAUGAAGAAGAUGAAGUUGAACAUAAAGAUAAGGAUAGAAAGAGGAAAAAAGGUAAGAAAAUUGCAUAUAGUUCAGACUGUCAGAAAGUUGUGUGGGAGUUAGGACUUGUUUUUUAAAGUGUUAAUGAAUUUAGAGCUGCUGUUACUUAGUAUGUUGUUGCUGAACAUGUUGCAAUUGAGAAAUGUGUUAAUGAACCUACAAGGGUAAGGGUUAGGUGUACAACUAGUUGUCCAUGGCUUCUUUAUGCUAGCAUUGAUUCUAGGUCCAUGAACUUUAUUGUGAAGACCUACAAUCCAGUUCAUAAGUAUGAUCCUAUCAAUAGGAACAAACUUUGUAAUAUCAAGUUCUUAGCUAGCCACUUCAAUGAGAGAAUAAAGAAAUAAUCGAAUAUUAGAAUUUUUGAGUUUCACCUGCUUAUUAAGAAGGAACUGGAUUUACAUGUUGCAAGAAUAGUGUGUAGGAGAAUAAAAAAUAAGGUGAUUGCAAAACUGAUGGGUGACUAUAAUCUGAAAUUUGAGAGAAUUUUAAAUUAUAGAGAUGAGUUGUUAAGAUCAAAUUUAGGUAGUACAUGUAUAGUGAAGUUUCAUGAUGAAACAUUUGAAGAUGGUAGAAAAUUGUUUCAAGGCUUUUACACAUGUUUUGAUGCAAUGAAGAAAUCCUUCCUAGCUGGUUAUAGGAAGUGCAUUGAUUUGGAUGGAUGUUUUUUAAAAGAAGUGAAAAAAGGGCAAUUAUUAGUUACUGUGGUAAAGAUGGAACAAUAAAAUGUUGCCACUGGCAUGGGCAGUGGUUGAGAUUGAAAACAAGACCACUUGGAGUUGGUUUAUCAGGAUUGUAAAAGAAGAUCUUCAGCUGGGAGAUGGGACAGAUUUGACAGUGAUAACAGACAUGCAAAAGGUAAAGAAUUAUUGGUUUUAUUUCUGUUUAUAUUGUAAUUAUUUCUGUUUAUGUUUAUGUUGUAAUUGUUUUUGUUUUUGUUUUUGUUAUAGGAAUUAGAAAUUGUUGUAACUGAAUAUUUACCAAAUACUGAACAUAGAAUGUCUGCAAGGUAUGUCCUUGUAAAUUGGUCAAAAGAUGCUAUAUGUAGAGGUAUUGAGAAGAAAAAAUAUAUUUGGGGGUGUGCAAGAUCUACCUUUGAGGCUGAGCUUAGGGACAACAUUAGUUAUAUGAAGAUGUUGGGGGGGGGGGGAUACUAGAUAAGUUGAUGUAUUUUAAUUCAGAGAGAUGGAGCAAGGUUUACUUUAGCUUUGGAACAAAGUGUGAUGUUGUAGACAACAACAUGGCAGAAUAUUUUCAUGCAUGAAUUUUAGGAGCUAGGCACAAGACUAUAAUUACAAUGUUAGAGGAGAUAAGGGUAAAAAUGAUGAAAAAAGUGGGACAGAUGAGGGACUUUUGUGAAACUUGGAUCAGUGACAUUUCUCCAAUUGCUAUGAAAGUACUAAAUGAUAAUACAACAAGGUCUAUGAAGUGCAGCAUAGAAUGAAAUUCUGAUACAGGGUAUGAGGUGCUUGAUAGAGGAUAUAGGCAUAUUAUGGAUAUUUUUAGACAAUAUUGUAGUUGUAGAGUAUGAAUGUUAAAGGGUAUACCUUGUCCUCAUGUAGUGGCUGCUCUUCACCACAAAAAAUUGAAUCCAGUAAACUACAUCUCUCACUGGUACAAUAGAGAAACUUACAUGAACACAUAUAAUUUCUUCUUUCAACCAGUUUUGGAUAUGAAGAUGUGGCCACAAUCACAGAAUAUCUCUGUUAUGCCACCUCCUGUUAGGAAGAUGCCAGGUAGUCCUGGAAAGAAUAGAAAGAAAGAAGAAGGUGAAACCAAAAAGAAAACUGGAAAGUUGUCCAAAAGGGGGAUUGAGAUUUCAUGUGGCACUUUCCAUAGCAAGGGUCACAACAAAAGAAGAUGUCCAACAGGUGCACCUGCUGCUGGAACUAAUGCAAAUCCUGGCCCAAGUUCAUCUGCUGGUGCAGACCCAAAUGCAGGUUCAAGUACAGUCCCAAAUGCAACACCUAGUAUUGGAAAAGGGAGAGGUUCAACUGGAAGAGGAAGGGGUAGACCACCAAAGAAUUCUACAAAAAAGUGUGCUGGCAGACCAAGAGUGGCUUGGUUGGAAUGGGAUUACUUCACAUACAAAGUGGAUGCACAAUUCCUAAUAACUUCCAGAUUAAUAGGAAGAAAGCUUAAUCGAAAUGAAUCUCGAGAGAUAGCUGUCCAUACACUGAUAAGGGAUGGUCAAGUCUUCAGUAUUUGUGACUGAAAAUUUCGAAUAUGCACCAAAAACUGGUGUAAAAUGGAAAGGAAAAAAAGUUAUGACCUCUAGGCAACUACAAGACAUGUGAGGCAAAAAAUAAAUGCAAACAAGGUCCAAGGCUUCACACUUGAGUCAAGAAAGCUCAAUGUUCAAUCUCUAUGAGAAGUUGGUGUAGACUACAUUUAAGACUGCAUUUACUGAUGUGACUGCAUUUCCUUGUAUAAAGUUUGGCUGUUGUGACUGCAUUUAAGACUAUGUUUUUGAUAAUUUACUAAUGUUGGCAGAUGAGACUAUAUUUAAGACUAUUUUUUGGUAGUUCACUGAUGUUGACAGCUGUGACUGCUUUUUGUAACUGUAAUUAGUCCACUGAUAUUGGUGGCAGCUUUGACUGCAUUUUGUAACUGUAAUUAGUUUAACAAUACUGAUCUUUUUUUAAAUG